CGGCGUGCUCUCGAGGCAUCAACAUUUCUAGCAACGGCGACGUAUUUUUGAAUCGCGACGCCGUCCUGAUUUUAUUAGUUUAAGCAUCAUCGGAGUAGGGAGAACCAGUUUCCGAUUGCUGUAGAGUUAAACGGAGAUGAGAGGGCUUCACCAUUUCAAGAGAAUCUCAGUCUUUCGAUCUCUCUUCUCCCUCUCCAAUGCCACUUUGCUUGAACCCCUAACGACUAGGAGGUCACUGUAUUCUUUGAGCGGGUCGUUGUCAUCAGCCCCCUACGCCGCCGGUGGAUACUGCCGAGAAACGCCUCCGCUUUAUUCUCCGUGGUCUACUGUGCAACGCCGUGGUGUUAAGGUUAACGCGAUUCAGCUAAGGCCAGGGAAUGUAAUUGAACGAACAGGACGUACAUUUCGGGUUGUAGAAGCAGAGCAUAAACAACAAGGUAGAGGAGGAGCUUCCAUACAGGUUGAGCUUCGUGAUGUCGACAGUGGGAAUAAGCUUAACUUGCGCUUUGGAUCUGAGGAGUCGGUUGAGAAGGUUUUUGUUGAGGAGAAAUCUUUCACGUGUUUAUAUACAGAGGGUGAUACUGCAUUUCUGAUUGAGCCUAAUACGUUUGAGCAAGUUGAAGUGCCUUUAGACAUAUUUGGCAAAGCUGCGGUAUAUUUAAAAGAGGAAAUGAAAGUUCAGUUGCAGCUAUAUGAUGGAAGAGCUUUAUCUGCAUCUAUCCCUAAGCAUAUUACAUGCACAGUAGUAGAAACACAACUUCCCAUGAAAGGCCUAACAUCAGCUCCUCGGUACAAGAGAGCUGUCCUGGAUAAUGGUUCCACUAUUCAGGUACCAUCUUAUCUUGAGGCAGGUGAAAAGAUUGUGAUAAACACUGAAGAUGACUCUUUUGUUAAGAGGGACAACAAAUGAAACUCUUGCAUAGUCGUUUAAUUACUACUCAUAAUUAUGGAGGAUAAAUCGGAUAUGUUGAGAAGCGUUUGAUAGAAAGAUUAGGGGUUUAGUGUUUAUGAAGCUAUAUUUACUAUUAUUGUUCCUGUUCUCAUAAUCUCGGAGCUUCUGAGACUUGUGUCGAUUGUCACAAGUUCUUCUACCUGAAGAAGACUUGCAUACACUGUGUACAACACUAUAUCAAGAGUUAUAUAAUAAAAGAUUUGAUUUCCCCUUUU